AUGGAGGGGGCCGCUGUGCCCGCAGCGGGGGACGGCCCAGACUUGGGGUCGGGGGCUCCGGGCUCUCUCCCAGAGGCGGUGACGGGGGCGACCGCAGCCCCCGCGGCGGCGGCGGCUGUAGUCCCGGAGCCCAGGAAGCCGCACGGGGUGAAGCGGCAUCACCACAAGCACAACUUGAAGCACCGCUAUGAGCUACAGGAGACCCUGGGCAAAGGCACCUACGGCAAAGUCAAGCGGGCCACCGAGAGGUUUUCAGGCCGAGUGGUUGCUAUAAAAUCCAUUCGUAAGGACAAAAUUAAGGAUGAACAGGACAUGGUUCACAUCAGACGAGAGAUUGAGAUCAUGUCAUCCCUCAGCCAUCCUCAUAUCAUCAGUAUUUAUGAAGUGUUUGAAAACAAAGAUAAGAUUGUGAUCAUCAUGGAGUAUGCGAGCAAAGGGGAGCUGUAUGAUUACAUCAGCGAGCGGAGACGCCUCAGCGAGAGGGAGACCAGACACUUCUUCCGACAGAUCGUCUCUGCCGUGCACUAUUGUCACAAGAAUGGUGUGGUCCACCGGGACUUGAAGCUGGAAAAUAUACUGCUUGAUGACAACUGCAAUAUUAAGGUGGACAGCUGGGCCCUGGGUGUGUUGCUCUACACUCUUGUUUAUGGAACAAUGCCCUUUGAUGGUUUCGAUCACAAAAACCUCAUUCGGCAGAUCAGCAGUGGAGAGUACCGGGAGCCCACACAACCCUCAGAUGCUCGAGGGCUCAUUCGGUGGAUGCUGAUGGUGAACCCUGAUCGCCGGGCCACCGUCGAGGACAUCGCCAACCACUGGUGGGUGAACUGGGGCUACAAGAGCAGUGUCUGUGACUGCGAUGCCCUUCGCGACUCUGAGUCCCCGCUCUUGGCUCGGAUUAUCGACUGGCACCACCGCUCCACUGGGCUGCAGGCUGAGGCUGAAGCCAAAAUUAAGGGCCUGGCCAAACCUGGUGUCUCUGAAGUAAUGCUGGAGCGACAGCGGUCACUGAAGAAGUCCAAGAAAGAGAAUGACUUUGCCCAGUCCAGCCAGGACACGGUACCAGAAAGCCCAUCCAAGUUGAGUUCUAAGAGGCCCAAGGGGAUCUUGAAGAAGCGAGGCAACAGUGAGCACCGGUCCCACAGCACUGGCUUCAUUGAGGGGGCUGUCAGUCCCCCCUUCCCCUCUGCUUUUAUGAUGGAGCAGGACUUAUGCCGGACAGGUGUGCCCCUCACCAGCUCCCCUGAGGCCGAAGUGCCGGGUAAACUCAGCCCCAAGCAGUCGGCCACCAUGCCCAAGAAAGGAAUCUUGAAAAAGACCCAGCAGAGAGAAUCCGGUUACUAUUCCUCCCCAGAACGGAGCGAGUCUUCAGAGCUGUUAGACAGUAACGAUGUGAUGGGCAGCAGCAUCCCCUCCCCCAGCCCCCCGGACCCAGCCAGGGUGGGUACUCACAGCCUCUCCUGCCGGAGGAAGGGUAUCUUGAAACACAGCAGCAAAUACUCAGCAGGCACCCUGGACCCGGCCCUCAUCAGCCCCGAAAUGCCCACACUGGAAUCCUUGGUGGAGCCGGGCGCCCCCGCCGAGGGCCUCUCGCGGAGCUACAGCCGGCCUUCCAGCGUCAUCAGCGAUGACAGUGUCCUGUCCAGCGACUCCUUCGACUUACUGGAUUUGCAGGAGAAUCGUCCUGCCCGCCAGCGCAUCCGCAGCUGUGUCUCUGCCGAAAACUUCCUCCAGAUCCAGGACUUUGAGGGGCUCCAGAACCGGCCCCGGCCCCAGUACCUGAAGCGGUACCGGAACCGGCUGGGAGACAGCAGCUUCUCCCUCCUCACGGACAUGGAUGACGUGACUCAGGUCUACAAGAAAGCGUUGGAGAUCUGCAACAAGCUCAACUAG